GUCAGUUUCUGUGUUGAAAAUUAAUUGAUAUUCAUAAGUCACGCGCAGUGUCUUAAUAUCUGAUAAAACACCGCAUACUAAUAAGGAUGAGGUUUAUCGAUAUAAAGUCACUACACGUGAUGUAUUAUCUACCAUUUGAUAGGUUAAUGGGCUUAUGAAUUAUUAAUGAGUUUUUGAAGACAUAGUAAACAGCUACAAUUAAUACAAAGAUGAAAAUUUGAAGAUAAGUGAUGAGAAUAAAGAAAAAUAUAAACUUGAGAAUAAUUAGUUGAUCCAAUACUAAAUUCUUAGAACUAACAUAAGAAUUGUAUAGUUGACAGUAAGGAGAAUUAAAAGUUUGAACUGGGAGUUAAAUUUUAAAUUUUAUUUGAUCAAAAACAUGAAUGGCAAUAGAGGGAAUUAGCCAGCAAAAUUCAAGUUUCCCCUCUAAUUAAGUAUUCUGUGAUGUUUUUCUAUCACAUGGUAAAGUUUACAGUUUCCCUCAUUUCACUGUCUUCUGUUCACUUGUUUGUUUGCUUUCCUAACAAUCUUAGCUAUUGUUGCCAACAAAUGCGAGGAGCAUAUAAAUGAAAAUGUGUACAGCUAAUAACACUUUAAUCCCUGAGAGUGACUAGCAUCUAAUUUCUCCAUUCAAUAUCACCCAUGAGUCACACAUUAAGGUCAUGAGAAUAAAGGAAAUGAUAAUCAACUGAAGAACCUCUUAAUUGUUAAACAAAUUCUCCUUGCCAGCACAUAAGGAAAUAUAUAGAGAACAGUUUGGAGAAUAUGCAUUCUAAUAUUGGAGUGUAAGGGGCUAAAGACAUCAUGUAAUCAGUUAUAUAUAUGUAGAGUACUGCUUGAAUAUAUGAUUGCAUUAAGUACAAUUGCCAAGUAAACAUCAUUCUGUGGUCUUCUACUCUUCCACCCUGAAGGUUGCCUUGUGUAACAAAAAAAACCUUUUUAAAGACACCUCUACAAUGGUAGGUACACACAACUGACAUGUAUGAGUGAAGCAUGUCAAGCACGAAGGUAUGAUUGUCAAUUUGCCUUUUAUUACUUGCAAACAGCUUACUUCUAUCAGCCUUAAAAACUUAUGUAUCCCCACUUUCAAAGAAAAGCAUUUCCCAUGAAAAUUUAAACAUUAAAGACAUAAGCUACCAGCAACAGGUUUUCCAUUGCAAGUGUUUCAUAUCAUCAGAUUCUCAUCACAUUUUUUUGUUACUGGUACAUUUGAAAGCAUAACAAUAUUUUAAUCAUUACAAUAUGUUGAAAUCCCCCAUUUUAACCCUUUAACUCCCAUAAGUAACCCAGAAAGAAUUUCUCCUUACAAUAUCAAAACAAUAUCAAGCAAACAAGUGAUGAGAAUAAGAAAAAUAUCAGUUAGGGGAUUAUAAGAUGAUCCAAUACUAAAUCCUCCAAACUAACAUCACAAGAACUGUAUAGGAGAUAGUAAGGAGAAUUACUAAUGAGAUCUUGGGAGUUAAAGGGUUAUGUCCCACUGUUAACCUAGACAGAAUUUCUCCUUACACUAUUAGUAUGACAUAAAGCAGACAAGUAACGAGAAUUAAGACAAAUAUCAAUUUGACGAUUAUUGGUUGAUCCAAUUCCAAAUUCUCAAAUUUAACAUCACAUAAAUUGUAUGGCAGACAGUAAGAAAGAUUACUCAUGAAAUUUUGGGAGUUAAAGGGUUGAGACAUAUGGUAAUUAUGUGUUACAGAAAGACAGCAAAUAAAUAUAACAGUAUAUGUCAGUAAAGUGUUCUUAUGUAGAAUGAAGUUUCAAACUCAUUGAAAUUAAGUUGACUUCAUAAUUCAUAUUUUAGUUAAAGAAAUGCGCAAUAUCUCUUUACAAGGAUGAAAAGGGAAUGCCAUUUAUGAAUUUUAAAAUAGUAAAUGCCAAAAACAAAAAGAUGGAAUUUAAAAAUAUAGCAUAUCUAUUCACUGAGGUUUUAAUUAUUAGCUGUCGCACAGAGAUAUAAAAUAGGGUUUCUGAAAAAAACCAGGGCAAUAAAAUUAAAGAUUCAGGAGAAGCAUAUGAUUUUAACUUGUUUACUGAUGUUCUCACCUGAAUUCCAUCUGGAAUGAGAACUCUGCAAGACUUCUGUUUUAUCUUGAAUUCAAACAUAAAACUCAACUAUUUGCAGGCAGGUUAAGGCGGAAAUUAAAGGAUGGAUACUUGUUACAUAAAAAGAAACCCCUUACAAUAAAAUGAGGCAGAAGAAUAUUGUAUACAUGUCUAUGCUUCUGAAUACAGCUAUAAUAAGUAUUUUUAAGUAAUUAUCUAUAUAUGUUAACUGAGUGCAAUAUAUGGUCAUAAAAGCAAUUUUAUUCUAACCUUCCUACUUGAAGGGUGCCUUGUGUAUCAAACAUAUCAAGUUCAGUACCUCCAGAGUCACAAGCCGGGCUUUUGGGGCUACAAAAUAAUCGAGUUAUGUCAGGCCAAUUUAUCGAGAGUUAAUUAAGUAUAGUUUCCUACAAUCGUAUGAAAGUUUAAAAUGUACUUCACUUGUGCUAUAUAUACG